UUUUCCAACAGCACAUAUACUAAGCAUACGAUCUGAUUCACAAGUUCAAAUAUAUUGAAUAAAUGUCAAAAUCAUAUCUAUUGUGAUGGAACAAAAAGGACAACUAUCAAAGCAUACAUUACAAGGGAAGCAGACCAUGUUUGUCAGAAAUUAUAUGAGCAGGCAUCAAGCAAUAUUUUAUGAUUCAAGAACCGUAACAAGCAUAAGUGUGAAAGCAAAGCAUCUUCUGCUAUGCGGCAGCAUGAACGUUUUUACUCUCCUGACUGCUAAGCCUUCCUGGAAACUAACCACUGACAAAUACAUGUCUAUGGUUACAUCACCUGCUUCUUCAUUGUUCUCCUAUAAAUUCCCCUUACAUCUUUCUAGUAUCUGCACCAUCUGGCCCUCACAAAAAAUGACAUCAUCUACUUGGUUUCUUUUUGCACUCCUUGCUUCCCUCAACCUGCUGAAAGAUACUCAUCUCUUCUGCAGUGCUGAUCCCACCGACGGCUUUACUGCAAUGCCAUUAUCUGAAAGGAACUUUGAUAUGCAAUGGCCAUACAACCUAAAUCUCAACGAUCGAUACAGCUAUGUUGAUGGAGUACGAAGGCUUUGGGUGUAUUCAACUGACAAGCCUUUCAAACCAAGCACCACCACAAAACCACGGACUGAAAUCCGCAUCCGGGGAUAUGACUACUCUUCAGGUGUAUGGCAAUUUGAAGGCUAUGGCUUUGUGCCCAAUGGCACCAGUGGCACAGCAAUCAUGCAGAUUCAUCGCACUACACAUGCAGCUACUGUGCUAAUGCUGAUGGUCGUUGAUGGUCAACUGAAGUUCUACCACAGCACCUUGGUGGAAUCAAACAUCUACGACAGGUGGAUGAGAUUAAAUGUGAUACACGACGUGGAUGCCAAUAAAAUAACUGUGUUCAUCGAUGGUGUUAAAAAGCUACAGAUUGAGGGAAAUGGUCCAAAUACCUUCUAUUUCAAGUGCGGGGUUUAUGCCCAGAGGGAUGAAGCUCAUUACAUGGAAUCAAGGUGGAGAGAUAUCAGAGUGCUUAAGAAGAAUGGGUGA